AUGAAAUCUUUGAGCAGUGUGGGACUUGGGUUAAGUGUGGUUUUUGGCUGCCUUUUCUUAGCUCUGAUUGCAGAGCUUUACUAUUUACUGUGGUGGAAGAAGAGAUUUACCAGCAGAGAGAUUGACAGUGGCUACAGCAGCAGCCCACAGAAGGAAAUCUUCUACAUGUUCUGCUGGAGAAGAAGCACUUGCACUCCCUCCCGAAACCCCACAGGUAUCUGUGCUUCAUUGAGAAUGUCAGAAACCCUAGUCCAUGAACCAAGCAGCAACAAUCUGGUGCUCAAAUCAUUUGAGGAGGAAGAUUUGGAUGCUGAGCUCAUGAGGCUGCAGAAUGCUGGUGGGGGCCCACCAAGGCACCUGUUCACAAUUGUGGAGGAAACAAAGGAGGAUUUGGAGCAACAGUCAGAGGAUGGUGGGUGGAGGAGCCAGAAGGGUUCUAGGAGUAAGAGUCUGAGUGAUUUGCUUGUGGGAUUUGAGACUCCAUAUCUGACACCUCUUGGUUCUCCAACACUUUUCACACCUCCUCUCACUCCCCAGCAGGGUUUCAGCCCACUCUUUGAGUCAAAAUCUGAUGCAGAAUUCAACAGAUUGAGGUCCUCUCCUCCUCCAAAAUUCAAGUUCUUGCAGGUUGCUGAGGAGAAACUUAGAGUAAAAUUGCAGGAAAAAGUUCAGAAUAUUGAUGGAAAUGCUGAGGAAGAUGGUUCUUUCAUCACAAUCAUUGUUGACAAGAACAAAGAAAAGUGCCAUUCGUCAAGCACUUCACAGGUUCUUCCGUUAGUUUCUUCACCUUCAGGAUUCAGAUCAACAAUUGGGAAGAAACCCAAUUUACAUUAG